AUGGAAUAUCGUAGAUUGAACAAAACACAGUUGAUACCGAAGAAGAAGAAAUGGUACACGAGACUUUUCGGUUACACUAGUGGUUUAAUGUUGGCUAUCAACCAGAGCCAGCCUCAUACAUCUGUCGAUCUUUCUUAUAAGUGGGUAGCUCUCCAGGUAGGCCGCCACUACGUUGAUACAACUAUGAAUGGAACAGCGGUGAGUCCUGGCUCGGAGCACUGGAUCGCUUACUACACCACCGGUUACCAGAUAGCUUUAGGAGCUAAAACACUCCACCCGUCACUUAGGAAGUGUAACAUGGCAUCAGAAAAGUUGAAGUACUUCCCGAAGUAUAGCCAGAAGUACUGUACAUUAGAGAAAGAAAUAGCGGACACUUUGGCCAAGUGUAAGUGUGUCCGGAGCACUCAUCCGAAACCUCCCGGCGCCGUGCGAUGUCGAGCGGCCAUGUUGCUCUGUGCUACACAGGCCAUGGUUGCGUUGGAUCCCUUGAGCACCGACUGUCCCAUGACCUGUGACACCAAGAAGGUCACUAUGCAAGCCUCAAGAUUCGAACUCGACGAGACCGUGCGCACUGUGGAAUCUUUUUACGAUGGUUUGAACUUCACGACAGCGACAGUGGUGCGGGUGUUCAUACAGAGCCACAUACGGCCCACCGUGGAGCGCUGGACGUACUACGACUACAUUGAUUUGUUCUCUCAGCUAGGUGGGAUGAUCAGCGUGUUCUUCGGGUGCAGUGUGCUGACAAUGCUGGCGUUGCUGCAAAUCAUCGCCCGCGCCCUCUACAGGCGAUGUCUUCAAUUUUGGAGUUCCACUUAAUAACGCUAUUAUGUA